CCUCUCGUCUCUCGCCUCUCGCCGUUUAUAUGACGGUUCAUCUCUCUCACCAAACCACCUCAGAUCCCUUCCUUCACAUGACCCAGUCUAUGUAGCAGAGCUACCGCCAGAUCUGGUUUUCCCCCCGGUAUAAAUGGACGCCGCCGCUGCCGACGGCACGAUCAAGUUAGGGCCGCUCACCGCCAGGCCCGACCGCUUCCUCAACCUGGACGCCGACGUCAUGGUCUCGUCGCCCGUCACUCGCCAGAAGGCCGAGGCGGCCAAGCAGAUCAUCGAGAAUCACUACAAGAACUACCUCCAAGGCCUCCAGGAUCGGAAAGAGAGGCGCCGGGCGCUGCAGAGGAGGGCGCAGGAAGCGAAGGUGUCCAGCGAGGAGGAGGAGCAGAUGCUGAGGGAUUUGGAGCGCCGGGAGACGGAGUACAUGAGAUUGCAGAGGCACAAAGUUGGAAUCGAUGACUUCGAGCAGCUGACUGUUAUUGGUAAAGGCGCGUUUGGUGAGGUCAGGCUAUGUCGUGCCAAAAAUACUGGAGAGAUUUAUGCAAUGAAGAAACUGAAGAAAUCAGAGAUGCUUAGCCGUGGACAGGUUGAGCACGUCCGGUCAGAGAGGAAUUUGCUGGUGGAGGUUGAUAGUCGGUGCAUUGUGAAACUCUUCUAUUCUUUCCAAGAUUCGGACUUUCUAUACCUUAUCAUGGAAUACUUGCCUGGUGGUGAUAUUAUGACCUUACUAAUGAGAGAGGAUGUUCUUUCUGAAGACAUUGCACGAUUUUAUAUAGCCGAAAGUAUCCUUGCUAUUCAGUCAAUUCACCAGCACAACUAUGUGCAUAGGGACAUAAAGCCAGAUAACCUGAUACUGGACAAGAAUGGCCAUUUAAAGCUCUCAGAUUUUGGCUUGUGUAAGCCGCUGGACAAUAAAUAUUCAACAAUGUUGCUGGAAGAAGAAGAUUUUUCCACCCAGGAUUCAAUAUGUGACAGUGAAGGGCAUUCUAACUGUGAGAAGCCUCCGUGGUUGAUGCCAAAGGAACAAUUACAGCAAUGGAAACGUAAUCGUCGAGCAUUGGCAUAUUCUACAGUAGGAACUCUUGAUUAUAUGGCUCCUGAAGUUUUGCUUAAAAAAGGAUAUGGAGUGGAGUGUGACUGGUGGUCUUUGGGUGCAAUCAUGUAUGAGAUGCUUGUAGGGUAUCCUCCCUUCUGUUCAGAUGACCCUAGGAUGACUUGCCGCAAGAUAAUCAACUGGAAAACAUGCUUGAAAUUCCCAGAGGAGCCAAAAAUAUCUGAUGAGGCUAAGGAUCUAAUCUGUCAUUUGUUAUGUAAUGUUGAAACAAGGUUGGGAACAAGAGGAGUGGAAGAAAUAAAGGUGCAUCCAUGGUUUAAAUCCAUUCAGUGGGACACACUAUAUGAAAUGGAAGCUGCCUACAAGCCUACUGUAAAUGGAGACCUGGACACUCAAAAUUUUGAGAAGUUUCCUGAAGUAGAGGAUCCACCUUCCACAAUACCAAAAGUGGGACCUUGGCGAAAGAUGUUGACAUCAAAAGAUGCUAAUUUCAUUGGGUAUACCUUCAAGAAAUCUGACAUUCUAAAUCCAGUUGCAACUUCAGGUACCAACACGAGAUCAAAUGUAUCUUCAAGAGUGCCAUCUUUAAUAUCCUUGUUUGGGCAGGUAGAGCUGGAAGAAGCUGAGCUGAUGGAGGGCGAUGAGAAGCAGGCAACUUGAGUACCUAGCACCUACCCCCUUCAGCUGGCUCUGUACCUGCCUGAAUUUACCAAUAUUCUUAUACGAGACCCGACCUUGGACCUUGGUAAAAGAUUGCUUGGCAGAAACAUGAAUAACAAGUAGUUGUUCAACUGCAAAGUUGAUAUGAGUUUUUUAAACACUGUAAUUCUUUUCCACCUGAAUUCUGCAAUGUAUAAGUGCCAUUGUACAGCCAAAACCAUCUUUUAUACCUCCCUCUCCCUUUCCCUCUCUCUUGUCCACAAUUCCUUUUUGGCAAUAUAAAUCCAAUUAAAGAAGAUAAAA